UCUUUUUUUAAUUGUUGAGUUUAGCCAGGAUAAUACCAAAAAAUUUGCAUACAGUUACUAUUUUUCUUGUUUUUUAUUUCUUUAUUAAAUCAUUUAUUGAUUUCCUUGCAACUUCUGAUCAACAAACACUAAACACACUCUAUCACUUUUUUUAUUCCCCUUAUAAACUUCUUUAAUGUUCACAAUGUAUCCGCUAAAAGCCGUUUUAUCUCACACUUUUCAUGGUUUUUUUCACCCUCGUAUCAAAACUUUUCUUAGCGCCUUUUUAGUCGUUUUCUAGCCUCUUUUCUUUUUUAAUCUUUCUCUAACUGGUUUAAUAUUUUCUUAUAAACUUUUUUUUUAAUAUGCGUUAGUAAGUCUUUUCUUAAAUUCAUCAAGUUCUUUACUAACAGUUUUAUUAAUUCUCUUAUGCACCCUUUUUUCUACCUUUUGAUUAGUUACACAUAAAACUCGUUUUAUCUCACGUUUUGUACGUCACUAUUGCUAAUUAUCUUAUCAAGUCGUUUUUUUAAUUUUCUUAAUAAAUAUUGUAAAAUGGUGUUUAGUUAAUUUUAAAUGAUUAAAAGAAAAAAAUUAGUCAAUCCCGAUAGCACAUAAUUUUUUGAAUAAAAGAGAAACAUUCGUUAAAAAAAAUGUAAUAUUUUAAAGUUGAAAUAAAAAUAUAGAAAAAUCAUGUCAGUCGAAAAAUUUAUUUAUGUUUGAACCGGUUUAAUGUGACAUGUUUGAUUUCGUUUACGACUUCUCUGUGUGAAAUUUUUUUUUUUUAAAUAAAAUAGUAUUAAUAAAAAAAAAAAUUAUUAAAAUGGAGUUGUUUAUCGUGAAAAUCGUUAGAUUGAAAGAGUUUUAGUUGGAAGUUCUAUUAAAGUUACAAAAAUUUAAAUUUAGGCGUUUAAUAUUCUUAGUCUAAUUUACUUGGAGUUAAAUGAAAAUGAUACGAGUUAUGUAUCUUCACGCACUGCGAGGAACUACUAAAGGAGAGAGAACAGAGAAAUUAAAAGAAGCCUGUAAAGAUUAUCAUCUUAUAACUCCGGAUUUAAAAACAAGAACAACACUUUUAAUUUUUACAUUAACGUUUGCUGCUUAUUUAUGUUGUGUUAGCGCUUUAGUUUGUUUAGCUUGGGCGUUUAUAUCUACUAUUCUUGCUUUUUUCAUUACUACUUUACUUUUUCUAUGUGUUUGUAUUACCUACAUUUUGGUUGGAAGAGGCGUUACACAUUCUAUGGUGGUUCAAGCAACAGCGAUUGCGGAAAAAGUUUUUUGGGAAUUUCGUCCUAAUGUCAUAGUAGCGUCGUCUUUCGGUGCAGUCAUUGUUUUUGCUAUGCAAGUGCCAAAGGUUUCUCUAGUGCUUUUAGCUCCUGGACAGGACGCUUACUGCCGAUAUUUUAAAAUGAAACGAAUACCUACUUUAAGAGGUUAUCCUUAUGUAAUAGUGGUUCAUGGAUGUAAUGAUGAUGAAAUCUUAUUAGAAGAUUCUAUAAGACUUAUUGACAAUAGUUCUUAUCUACAAUGUAAAUUAGAAGUCAUUGAUGACACGCAUAGUUUAAAUUCAUUAACUGCAAAUGAUUACAAAGAAUUGAUUGAGGAGACAUUUCAGAAAGGAAGACAACAUAUUUUAGAAAUAAUGGAAAAUAAAAAUGAAUCUUUACCAGUCCCACAUACGCCUUAUCGUUAUCGUUCACAGGAAAUCAAUCCAUCUUUCUUUCUUAUUUCAGCAGAAACGGGCGCUAAAGAAGAAUCAAAGAUAGCGAAUAACCGCGAACAAAAUGAAGAGACACCACAAGACACGACUAUGACCGAUACAGAUGCUUCUUUUAAUGAAAAUUUACUUGGCCCAUAUACAAAGCCUUUAUAA